AUGGCUACUCUUAACGUGUCCUUUGUGGUACAUCUUCUGUGUAUAGUUGUUCUUAACCCGGUUGUGUAUGCCAAAUGCAGUGACCGAAACGGGCAAAUAUAUUAUCUUUCUCGAACUCGCCAGACCCUCAAUGAUCUUGCCAUGGAGAGGAGACAAAUGGGCUGUAUCCAAGAGGCGGAAAGGAUAAUGGUCCAACGUCCAACGCUUUCAAUAGAGGAGGGGGAAAAGCUUUGGACACUGAAACUUGCGUUUCAACUAGCCAGCGAGCUCUUCCAACAAAACCUAACACUUGUGAAAUGGAAUACCUUCAAAAUCAGGGAGCUCCAAGACCUUCUUGCUCGACAAAAUAUGACCUAUUCAGAAUGUGUCAGAGACAUGAGUGUGCGUCUAAACCUUCCAAUUGAAAAUAUGGUUAAGAAGUACUUCAAACAGCUGGACGACUUUGUUUUACAUGAGCGUUUCAGCUCCUGCUCAUGGGAGGUCGUGAGAGCUGAAAUGGGGAGCAUCCUAAGGUAUUUUUACAAGAAAUCAAAAAUGUCAAGAAAACACGCGUGAGAGUAGCAUUCCUUGUCGUUCAAUUCUGCGUCAAAAAAAAAUUUCUGUUUAAUUUAUUAAUUAUUCCACUGUAAAAGCGUUAUAUA